AGCUGCUUCCUCGCAACCCUGCAGAGCUUUGAGGAACCGCUGAGCGGAGGGAGGCUGGAACGAGAGCCCGGCAGCCGCCGAGCAGAAAGGAGGAGGAGGAGGCCUGGGGAGCCGCGCGAGGACAGCGGAGGGCCGGGGCGGGCGUUCUUCUGGCUCGCCGAGUCGUUCGGAUCGCGUCAUACUUCUCGGGCGUGACGUCAAGGCGGCAGGGAGUGACGUCAGCGGCGUGGGAGUGACGUGGUAGUACGAAACUGUUGAAAGUGGCUUUGAAGGCAAGGUACAAUGAAGAAUCAAGAUGGUGAAAGCAAAGCUUCUCUUCUACCCCCCAGCCCUUCCAAAAUAAGUGAUAGUCUGGGGCUGGAAGAUAGUGACUUAGCUGAGGCUCCAGGAGUGAUUGCAGGAAGUGGAGAUUGUCACCACCAACUUGGCCUCUCCAGCUUGAAGCACUUUGCUGAUGACAGGCUUGAAAUGCCAGUGAAUGAGGAACAGAGGAAGAAAGAAGAGGCAUGUCUGGUGGAGGAGGCUGUACCCCAGCCUUGCCAGCCAGUCCCUGAUGUCUCUGAAGAGCUGAGCAGACAGCUGGAGGACAUUCUAAGCACUUACUGCAGGGACUCCAACCAGGAAGGCCCUGGAGAUGACAACGGUCAGAGUGAGUCUGUGGAGCUGGACGAGCCAGAGAAGUGCCGAAGCGAGUCCCCCAGGAAUGGGGACCAGGAGCAGAGUUGCCCCGAGAUCAAUGGCGAGAAGGAGGGUCCCAGGGGAACCGGCGAUGAGAGUGGAGAGCGUGACCAGAAACGGGUCCAGGAGAAAAAGAAGCCCAGAGGGCUUGGCAAGGAGAUCACCCUUCUGAUGCAGACCCUCAACACUCUCAGUACAUCUGAGGAGAAGCUGGCAGCCCUCUGCAAGAAAUAUGCUGAGCUGUUGGAAGAGCACCGAAACUCUCAGAAGCAGAUGAAAAUCCUGCAGAAGAAGCAGACUCAGUUGGUGCAGGAGAAGGACCAUCUCCGAAGUGAGCACAGCAAAGCCGUUUUGGCCCGCACCAAAUUGGAAAGCCUGUGCCGGGAGCUGCAGAGGCACAACCGCACUCUCAAGGAGGAGGGUGUCCAGCGAGCUCGCGAGGAGGAAGAAAAGAGGAAGGAGGUGACGUCUCACUUCCAGGUGACGCUCAAUGACAUCCAGUUGCAGAUGGAACAGCACAACGAACGCAACUCCAAACUGCGCCAGGAGAAUAUGGAGCUGGCAGAAAGGCUGAAGAAACUCAUUGAGCAAUAUGAGCUGCGGGAAGAGCACAUCGACAAGGUCUUUAAACAUAAGGACCUGCAGCAGCAGUUGGUGGACGCCAAACUCCAGCAGGCCCAGGAAAUGUUGAAAGAGGCAGAGGAGAGGCACCAGCGGGAAAAAGACUUUCUACUGAAAGAAGCCGUGGAGUCCCAGAGAAUGUGUGAGUUGAUGAAGCAACAGGAGGCGCAUCUUAAGCAGCAGCUGGCUCUUUAUACAGAGAAGUUUGAAGAGUUUCAGAACACCCUUUCCAAAAGCAGCGAAGUGUUCACCACGUUCAAGCAAGAAAUGGAGAAGAUGACAAAGAAGAUCAAGAAGCUGGAGAAAGAAACGACAAUGUAUAGGUCCCGUUGGGAAAGCAGCAACAAAGCCCUUUUAGAAAUGGCAGAAGAGAAAACCCUCCGAGACAAGGAACUGGAGGGUCUCCAAGUGAAAAUCCAGCGCCUUGAGAAGCUAUGCCGGGCCCUGCAGACCGAGCGCAAUGACCUGAACAAAAAGGUACAGGACCUGUGUGCCUUUGCGUCUCUGACCGCGGGGGCAGACGUCGAGGGACUUCCCAAGGAUCAGUCCCAAGGCAUCCCGGAGGAGCUGGCGCCGCAGGGCCCCCUGGCAGGAGAGGGCUUUACUCUAGCCCAGGCAGCGUGCCACCCAGGGCUUCCUGAGCAGUCCGGGGCAUUGAGCAUAGGAGUGCCACCUGGGCAGCCAGCCGAGGAAGCUGCUAACUCUGCUGAGUAAAGGUGGAGGAAAUGAGGGCAGCUCGCAGAUUUCUCCAGAUGGAUCCAUUCCUCUCUCGAAGCCCCAUGCUGGGAUGAGGAUUGUUCUGGGGCUUUCAGGUUUUCCAGUUAAAGCUUUUGACAAUACUGAAUGCUUUUUUUUUUUUUUUUGGCUUUUAAAAUAAUCUGUCUCUCUAUGUUAUCCAACACCAUGUACAGCAGCAAGGUCCACCUUUUAUAUAUAGAUCUAUAAAUGAGAUUGAUCCAGUUCUCUGCGUGCUGUGUGAACAUCUAAGUGUGUGGCAGUUUCAGCCAUGAUCCUUUUCAAAGAUGGGUGCAGGGAAACUUGCUACUCUGACUCUCUGCCCAUUUUAACAUCUGGCUGCUGCGGCUCACUGUGAGUGCCAUGCUACGAAUACAAACGCAAAGCAAAAAUCUGACACCAGUGGGACUUUGAGGAUUAAUCCUUGCGUUUUUUUUUUUUUUAUUAAACUACCAGACCUGCCGUUUAAAGCCAGUGCUGGAGACUCAGGAGUUUGAUAAUGUUGUAGGUUAUUCUUUUUAGCCUGUAACUCUCGGGGGAGAAGGUGGAGAAUAAAGCUGAUGUGUUUCUGUGACAUGGGGACAGAGACCAAGGCCGCACGCUUCGUUGGUUUGGGUAGAGGAGGUGUCAUCUCCAGGAGUUUGCUACUUCCAGAAUUUAUGUCUCAAUAGCCUUAUGACUUCACAGUUGCCUCUAUGAUUAUAUGUGUGCAUGCACACAGACACACAGACACAAAGUAUAUGUACUAAAGAUUUAAUCCAAAGGUUUUUCUUCCUUAACUGUUUUGCACAUGAUGAGCAUUCCUGCCUGUGUUUGUGCCUGGUGAAUUUUGGGUGGCAAAGGUGAAUUCUCCUGUGUGGAACUUUCGAGGAGACAAAACGUAACCUCCCACUCCAGACCACUUAGGUGGUGAGCCCAGGAGCUAGAACCAAACUUGGCCCAAGUCUUUGGUUGCCUCAAGUGAUAGCACUUUUAAUGGAUCAUUUGUCUGCAGAAUCAUGUGGUUAUGGCAAGGAGGUGUCCUCAGAGUUUUUCGGUAAUGUUUUUUUUAAUUUGGACCCUUCUUCACUUAUAAUCAAUACAUUAUUUUAAUUUGUGCCAUUUCUGGUCUUAAGACCAAUCACAAACUUUAUUCUUUUUUUAGAUAGUUGCUAAAAGCAGAGCCAUUUUAAGUAUUAAUGCACAAUUCUUCUAUUGCUAGUAGUUUCCUUUCCAUUUAAGGGGAGGUAUUUGGGAAAGCUGGUCACUACUGAGUGCAAGGCCCAUCUGCCCACCGGUGUAUAUGUCUCUCUAGAGAAAGAGAACUGGGUUUUAGGAAAUCAGCACCGUACUACAGUUUGUACAGUGUAACCCCUGCCUCAAGUGGCAGAUCAGUGCCCCUGUGUUCUGUGGGGUUCAGUUGCUGCUGAAAUAUCCCUCCACUUGGUCAGCUGGCAAGAAGAAAAUGAAUGAAUGUAAAUGGGCCCCACAGCUUUCCAAGAGGAGGAGGAGGAGGAGAAGGAGAUUGUCAGCUGAGGAGAUCACCUUUGUCCCUAUUUUCCUUUUUUGAGAUGUCAAGAAAAUCUUCCAAUUUUUAAUGCUGUUGUACAAUAGACUAUAUCUCAAUUGUUGUAUGUAUCUUUGUACCCAAUAGAAAUGCAACAUGUA